GACAAAAACGUGACUAGGCAGCCGAAGAGCUGUUACGCAACCGCUGACCUACUAACACAUAUUUCUAGAAAGGGAGCCGGAGAAACUGGAGCAAAGUGUCCGGCAGCACUCAGCACACACAGAGCCCGAGCCAAGAGACGGAGACAACAUCCACCCGACCCACUGACUCAAACACAACCGAGAAGGAGAAGGAGAAGAAAACUUUUGGGGUUAUUUAAGGGAGGUUUCUUCCAAAGGCGUAAGGAAAGGAGGAAACGGGAGCGAGACAGCUUUUGUGUCGGGGAAGCCUGAAUCUGUUUUUCCCUCCAGGACAUGGGAAGUUAGUGGUCAGCAAACAGCAGCACUGAAGCCGAUCCUCAGGGAGCCCUGAAGUACGCGGACUGACCUACAUCUUCUGUAAAACACUGAGAGAAGCAGGGCAUCGGCCUGACAGGCAUCACAGCUCUGCUGAAGAUUGAGAAAGACGUCGAUAAACUCAAAAUCACCUUCAACAAGACUCCAGAGGCCGCUCUGAUCUGUUUGCCAAGACAGCUGAAAGAGUCUUUGCUCAAAAUACAAAGUUGCUUCUUUUUUUGGGUUCCUUGUUCAGAACACGAGUUCAAUGUCUGAGGUUUUUGUAGCGAGUCAUCUCUUUUUAAUAUUCUUGGCUAAUUUAGACACUUGAACGUUUUGAUCUUGAAGAAUAAGCAACAAAAAUCAAUGAGGCAAUCCCUUCAAGGAGCACAAAUACCUCAUCAAGAAGUUUUUGCAGAUCCUGCAACUUAAGUCAAACUCUGUCGAAACAAAGCAGAAGAAUCAUAUUGUUUUGCAUUUUUUCCCUUCCCCCCUUCGCCCUUUGCUAGAGUUACACUCUGGCCCCCAGCCGGGAAAAAAUGGAAAGUCUGAGUAUACACAUCCCACCCACCAGCAACAAAAACGCCAUGGAGGUAGACAAUUUUUCCUCCUACAAUGGCAGCCUCCCAUCCCCGACUCCUGAGUCUGGAGCGCGGCUCAGCCGCCAGUCGAAAGGCUCCAAGCCUAACGCGAGCUGCAGGCGCAAGCGAGAGUUCAUUUCUGAUGAGAAAAAAGAUGCUUCAUAUUGGGAAAAGCGGAGGAAGAACAACGAAGCAGCCAAACGCUCAAGGGAAAAGCGACGCCUCAAUGACAUGGUUCUAGAAAACCGGGUCAUGGCGCUGAAUGAGGAGAACGUUCGUCUGAAAACGGAGCUCCUUCAGCUCAAGUUGCGCUUCGGCCUCAUCAGCACAGCCUCCUACAUGGAGAAGAGUCAGCAGAUCUCCAACAGCGCUGCUGGUGGCAGCAGUGGGAGUACCAACGGCACCCCAAAUAGUAACGCCUACCUCUCAAGCAGCGGCUACUCCAGCGCGUCCCAGGUGAUGCUGAAUUCUGACUCAUCUGAAACUGAACAGUCGAGCCGUGGCGAGCGCCACAGCACACUCCACCAGUACUCGCCCCGCGGCUCCGUCUCUGACAUGUCUGAUGGCUCCUCCAGAGACAGCCCCGAACCGAUUGGCUACAACAUAAAGACGGAGCCUUCAAGUAUGGAGAUGGCCAGACUGGAAGGCAACGGGAUGCCCAAUGGGGCUUAUCAUGGCAACCACACUGCUCUGGUUUCUCCUCACCAGCAGAGCGCCCAAUUGACCGAGAGCACCAUGGACUACCAGCACCACCAACAGCAGCAGCAGUGCCACAUGGAGGCCACCAGCCCAGCCCCUCAGGCCACCUCCGCACAGAGGAGCGUCAUCUUGUACCGCUCCAGUAGCGGCUGUUACCCGAUGGAGACCCAGAGGCCGGAGGACCAGCAGACCCACCAGAACAGACUGCUGCAGUCCUCCAAGUUCUCCGACUGCUCAGUGACCGUCACAGAGGUCGCUGAGAAACUAGAGCGGACAAAGACCAUGGACUCACCGCAGUAUGAAUAUACUAACGGUCAAGUAGAGUCGACAGAGGAGCUGCAGCAAAAGUACAAUCUCAAUGCCCAACAGCAGCACGAGAACCAUCACUACAGCUACCAGAGUCAGGAGAGAAGUCUCCAGCACGCAGAAACCCACCAGAACCCCUUCGCCCCUGAUCUGAUCCGCAACACUGAGGAGGCCAAGUCCUCCUUCCCACAGCACAACGGCUACCUCAGCACACUGGAUGAAGAGCCCCCGGUGCUCACCUAUGAGGGAGGCCCCCGAGCCGACGGUUUCUACCAGGAGAACUCCUCCACUAAAGACACCUCAUCCAGUGACGGGGACCCUCGUAGCUCUGACAAGGAGGGCUCCACAGACGAUGAGUCACCCUCCUCGUCCUCCUCAGACAUCAGCAGCUACCACCAGAAGGCGGUGGGAAUUGCCGGUUUGCACGGCGAGUCCCAAGCCGAGGUCAAAGGCACCGCACUGCCCCACAAGCUCCGCCUCAAGUACAGAGCGCUGUCCAACGGGGCAGCAGGAGCGCAAAUGGAGGGAACAGUCAAUGCCUCCAUGUCACCGUCUCCCACUUUGCCUCAGCACCCUUACUUAGCUCUACCCAGCAACCCUAACGGCACCCAGGCCAACGGGGAGAGUAAAGAGGCGGACAAUGAGACUCAGUAUGCGGAGCAGGUGAAUCUGCAGAACGAGAGGGCGGAGGCUAAGAAGGAGGGAGGGAAAAAGGGAUCCAGCGGCAGCAGAGUUGGGCGCAAUAAGAGGCGAGAAUAAGGACAAAUAAAAACAUUUUCGCCUCUUUGUCCUCUUAAGCAGAGAAAUUAUGACUCACAUCUUCACCUUACUAGACGGAGAAGAAGCCGGUGAUCUGAGUUGCAGUUGUGAUUUCACCAAGUUUCACUGUGUCACCUGUUCCUCUCCCCUUCGCCCUCUCCUACCUCCCACCUCCAAUCAAAACAAUACAUCACUUAAUGAGGGAGGGGACAGAAUAAAACUCUCCAGAGCUGGAGUCUGGGAUAUUUCCCUCGUGGAAAUUCAACCAUUAUUCAACUAUUCAUCAUUGUAAACUGCCUUGGUGGCUGGCCAGCGUUUAUUGUGGCAUUAUGGGAACAUUCCUUUAACCAAAGAAUACACAUCCUUCCUGGUCUCCUUUUCCGGCAAAGAGUUACAUUCAUCCUCCCUCUGAACACACCUGGACCGUUUGAUCCUCCGCCCUCUUACCAUCUGCACACACAAGCAGCACUUAGAUUGUAUAUUACUGUGAUAUAUAAAUUUGCAUAUAUGGAAUAUAUAUUUUAAGAAGAAAAAUGUGGCAAAAACAACAAAAAAUAGAAGCAGUGGGAUGCAGAAGUCGUAGACUUCAAAAGUGAUCGGUUUGUUCUUGUUGAGACACCUUGUACAGUCCCUCUUUGUCUAGAAAAUGCCUCAAAGAUUUUCUGUUAACUACAAGUAUGAGCCACAACUAGUAAAAAAAAAAAUGAAAAAAUAAAAAAAUGGAAGGGAAAGGAAAGGUACACUUUUUUCAGGCUUAUGAAUCAGAUCGGGGGCCGCAUUCAGGUGAUCUGAGCUCUUUGACGCUCAAAUUAGGGCUGCACGAUUAAAAGUUAAAGAAUCGCGAUCUCGAUUCAAGCAUAUCUCAUUUCUGAAGGACAGCGAUUCUGCCAUAAUUGCUUCGAAGAGCUGCAUAUUCAGAAUGAGUGUUCAUAAUUUUUCCCUGCUGCGGUUUGCACGAAUGCACUUCAAGGCUGUUAAACUCCUCCUAAUCCUUAAAUUCGCCUCAAGCUAUCUGUGCGGUCAGGCUGGCUUUGUCGUCGCAAAGAGUGUCCAAUCUUUGGUUGUGGUUCUGCUGGAGGCCGACACAAGCUGAGCCUGCAGCUUUUCAAAUGUGCACCAAACACUACUGUACCAGAGAUAUUAUUAUACUUAGAAAGACUUUGGCUUUACUCAUCUCACACAGUCUAACUACUAUAGGCAUAGAUUUCAGGGGGAACAAAGAGGACAUGUCCCCCUUCAAUGUGCAUUUGCCCCCCCCCCCCCCUAAAACAUGAAAAUAGCAAAGGACUUAAAAAAAAAAAAAGAUAUUUACACUACAAAUUCAUGCUGGAAAUGCACAAAAAAGUCACCAGGAUCCAAGACAUUAAGUGUUUGUCACUCAAAAUUUGGCUGAAGUUUCAUACGUCCUCCACCAAUGUUAUGACAAAACCUACGUUUGCUUGGACAACCUCAGUUACCUAGUCAUAGUAGUCAAUAGUCACUCAAUAUUGUUAACAAAGUCAGAUGGAGCCAGAGUUGCCGUCUAAUCUUGAUCAUCACCACGUUUUAUCAAACAUAAUGAUCUGUCAGGGUAUGCUGACAAUAAUAUUUUGAUUUGUGUUGCCUUAAUGUGGGCUGUCAAAACAUGAUAUCAGAUUGCUUUUUGUGUAAUCAGAGAAUGAACAAUUUUAUUGCCAACUAUCCACUGGAAGACAUUUUUUGUUUUGCCAUCUUUAGUGCAACUUUAGAACUGCACUUACUUGGUAGCAAGUGUUAUCCAACUUACUUUUGUCAAAAAUAUCAAUUUAUUGGUACAUAUCAAUUCUGAAUAUUUGAGAUGGUUUGUAUACUGCAGUACUGAUGCAGCUGCACAAGCUGUGAUCUCUGGUUUUCUCCUGUUGUUUAUGUUUACUGCAGUCAUUCUGCUGUUUUCCCUGCUACCAACUCAGAAAAGAAAGAUCACUGUUAUGCCAUAGCCUUGCUAUAUUUGUCUUUUAAUUAAAAAAUAAUAAUUUUAUGCCCUCAAUGUCCAUUUUUCCCCAGUGGAAUCAAAAAUAGCAUUGAAUAAAGGUAUUUAUCAGAAGGUCUUAUAUCAAAGUUAGGAAUUCUGGUAUUGUGAAAACACUAAUCUAAUUUACGUUUAGUAUGAAGUAAUCUGUCCUCUCAACUUUACUGCUCUGAUCCUAUUUCCUACAACUCCCAGAAACCAUUUGUACUAUUUUGGGUUGAUGGGAUGUAGAUGGAUAGAAAGAAAUGUGUAGCAAUUUUUUAUUAUUUUUUUAAAAUACGUCCACCAUGUGGUUAUUUUAAUAAAUGUAUAAAUAUAAGUCCAUAUGCUUUCUUUUUUAUUAUUAUUUUUUUUUACACUUUUACAGACAAGAAAUGCAACACUGCAAAUAGCAAUAAUUUGGAUGCAGGAGAAAUUUUCCGUGAAAGAAUCGCGAUCGCAAUUCUUGCAAAAACAAAAACGUGAUCAUUUUAUCGAUAAUCGUGCAGCCCCGACUCAAAGCAGUCAAAACAGUCGAGGCCAGUUAUCCGCAUAUCAGUCAAGGCUAUGCAGUCACACGUUGCUGUUUGCAAAACCUGACAAGCACAAGGCAAACCUCGCCUGCCAGCCGUUCAACGAGAAAUCAAUACAUCUUCAUUUCCAGACAAAUGCUGUCUGUCUAAUAAAUGAAAUGGCUCUCCAGUCGCAAACCAGCAAAGCUGCUCUCUCUCUUCAUAAGGUGCCUCUUUAUUGUGUUGUCCCUCGUCCCCACUUUGGCCAAUGUCUUAACGAGCCCACUCACCUCCGCACUGAGUUGUUUUAGCGACGGUAGCUGCAGUAGAUCAUACAGUCUGUACGAGUUUAACUGUUUCACUUCCUGGUGCCUGCCUCUGGCCACUAUGUAUAAAUGUAAAGUUGUCUCUUUAUCUCUUGUAUACUGCUGUCAUUAUUUUAUUAUUAUUUUAUUAAUAUUGUUAUUUUCUAUUAUAUUCAGUUAUUAUUUUGGCGAUUAUUAUGUGUCAUCCUGUUGUGUCAUUUUGCUCUUUGCUCUUCCUGGUUGUGGUGUGUAUUUACCCAUGCUGCCCUUUUCCCCAGUUACCAUUUGUACUCUGUGUUACCGUAUAACCUUUGUUGUUUGCCGAAAGGCUUUCCAGAAAAUGAAAAA